CACACUGACACACACUCUCUCACGAAACCCUAGCUAUAGCUCCAAGUUGCAGCAGCUUCAUCCGUUCGUUUCAUCCAUGGCUGCAACUCCAAUCAAGUCACUUCAAUCUCCUUCAAAGCCCAAUCUCAGAUCCCAAUCCAAUUACAAACCAUCACCCGCCAUUACUCCACUCACUCCCCAAUCCCUGCCAACUCCACGCAGAUCCACGCGCCAACGGUCCCUCCACUUCAACUCCACCGAACCUGCCAAGUUUCGCCAAUCCAUUGAUUACGCCGAUGAUUCCACCGAAGUGAUAAAACGUAGAACUGGAACUGCGCGAAGUGCUUCGGUUGUUAAAGGUGGAUCUGAAAAGAAGGCUGGUGAAGAAGUGAAGCAAAAAAAUGCGAAAGCCAGGGAUUUGGUUGAGAUUCAGUUUGCUCCGGCAUCGCCUGAGCAGUCGGAAACGAAGAAGAGGAAGAUGGAGAGUGAGAGAAAGGUUGUUACCAGAGCCAUGGCUGCUAAAAAGGGGAAAUUAGAAAAUGGAGAUAAGGGUGGAAAAAAGGGUGGGAGGUUGACUAAGAGGCGCGUGUAUUAUAAGAAGGUGGUUUAUGAUGGAGGCGAGUUUGGAGUUGGUGACGAUGUUUAUGUGAAGAGGAGGGAAGAUGCUAGCUCCGAUGAUGAAGAUCCUGAAGCGGAGGAGUGCAGGCUGUGCUUUGAUUCUGGAAGUGAGGUAAUGAUUGAGUGUGAUGAUUGUUUAGGUGGGUUUCACUUGAAGUGCUUGACGCCUCCAUUGAAAGAGGUUCCUGAAGGGGAUUGGGUAUGUGGGUUCUGUGAGGAUCGUAAGAUGGGUAGGAAAGCUAGCUUUCCAAAGCCGCCGGAGGGCAAGAAACUAAGUAGGACGCUGAGGCAGAAGCUUCUUUCAAGUGAUUUAUGGGCUGCGCAUAUUCAAAGUAUAUGGAAAGAAGUGGAUGACAACUACUGGUGUCAUGUGCGGUGGUAUGUGAUCCCAGAAGAGACUUCUGCUGGGCGACAACCUCAUAACCUGAGCAGGGAACUGUAUCAAACCAACGAAUUUGCAGACAUUGAGAUGGAAUCUAUCCUUAGACAUUGCUUUGUUAUGACCCCGAAAGACUAUGCCAAGGCUAGCAAUGAGGGAGAUGAUAUUUUCUUAUGUGAAUAUGAAUAUGACAUUCAUUGGCACAGUUUCAAACGUCUUGCUGAUAUUGACAACGAAAAAGAGGAUGGCGAAGAGAUUGACAGUGAUGAAGAUUGGAAUGUUUCCAAGGAAUCAGACUCUGAUACAGAUGAUGAUAUUGUAUAUGAGGAGGAGAAUUUAAAAAAUACACGAUCUCAACCAUCAACAAGUCAUCAGUUGGCAGCAAAUCAAUACAAAGGACGGUUCAUUGGACUUCAGAAGAUAGGUACAAAACGAAUUCCGGAGCAUGUACGGUCUCACAAACAAACAGAUCUCGAGAGAGUAAAGGCUUCACUAUUGUUAGCAUCAUUGCCUAAAUCGUUGCCAUGUAGAAAUAAAGAAAUGGAAGAGAUAAAUACAUUCAUUAAAGGUGCUAUUUGUGAUGAUCAAUGUCUGGGGCGUUGCCUCUAUAUUCAUGGUGUUCCAGGGACUGGCAAGACAAUGAGCGUUCUAUCAGUAAUGAGGAGUUUGAGAUCUGAAGUUGAUGCAGGAAACAUCAAACCCUACUGUUUUGUGGAGAUUAAUGGUCUGAAGUUGGCUUCACCAGAGAAUAUCUAUAGGGUCAUAUAUGAGGCAUUAAAUGGGCACAGGGUUAGCUGGAAAAAGGCUCUUCACUUUUUGCAUGAGAGAUUUGUUGAAGGGAAGAAGACUGGGGAAGAUGCUGAUCGGCCAUGUAUUUUGCUUAUUGAUGAGCUUGAUCUUCUUGUAACCAGAAACCAGUCGGUACUGUACAAUAUUCUUGACUGGCCUACUAAGGCACAUUCCAAACUUAUUGUGAUAGGGAUAGCAAAUACCAUGGAUCUUCCAGAGAAGUUACUUCCUCGCAUAUCGAGUCGAAUGGGCAUACAGAGGCUUUGCUUUGGCCCAUAUAAUUAUCAGCAGCUUCAAGAAAUCAUUUCAAGUCGCCUUAAAGGAAUCGAUAUAUUUGAAAAACAAGCAAUAGAAUUUGCUUCAAGAAAGGUUGCAGCAAUCUCAGGAGAUGCACGACGUGCCUUGGAGAUAUGCAGACGUGCAGCUGAAAUAGCAGAUUAUCGUAUAAAGAAGCUAACUGUGAAUCCUGAUUUUGUUGCGGCAGGAAAAGGACUUGUUGGUAUGACUGACGUUGAAGCUGCCAUUCAAGAAAUGUUCCAGGCACCUCAUAUUCAAGUGAUAAAAAGCUGUUCCAGACUUAGCAAAAUCUUCCUGACAGCUAUGGUUCAUGAACUUUAUAAAACAGGAAUGGGGGAAACCACUUUUGAAAAGCUGGCGAUGACGGUUUCGUGUCUUUGUACAAGCAACGGUGAAGUGUGUCCCGGAUAUGAUGUUCUUCUGCAAGUUGGCUGUAAGCUAGGCGAAUGCAGGAUUAUUUUAUGUGAAGCAGGUGCUAAGCACAGGCUGCAAAAAUUGCAGCUCAAUUUCCCAAGCGAUGAUGUAGCCUUUGCACUGAGAGACUGCAAGGAUCUUCCUUGGCUGUCAAAGUAUCUAAGUUAGGACUGAAAGUUACAUUAUGUUCUUCAGUUAGAACAUUCUUGCCAAAGUGCCUCUGAAGUGCAAAGAAAAAUUUUGCCCAUAUAUUUUCGUUCAAUUAUUUUAUUUUUCUGUAAUUGUGAAAAUUUCUAGUACUUGCAAUUAUUUAAUCAUCAGUUCCAACAUCUUUUGUUCAGUUAAAAGACGGAACCGUUUUAUUUUAGGUAGGGAAAGGGUUAGCCCAUUUGUGUAUGCCAGAUUCAAGAUCUUAGGGCCAGUAAAUGAGUGAAUCACUUGAAUAGCA